UUGUCAUGACUUGGUAUAAAGAUAGCAGGGAUUUCUCAGAGUUACCUUGUAAUUCACUCCAUAUCUUUUUAAAGUACUAGUAUUUGAAAAUUUGAUUACUGAAACAGUGAUACCAACAAGUGACCUGUUAGUACAUGUAGAUCCAAUAUAGAGUGGACAUCCUAUUUUCAAUGAACAUCGGCUAUUGUCCCCUUUUGUUCUCUUACAUAGGGUAGGUUACACCCAUAUUCAGCUCCCACCUCAGUUAAGAAGAUAAGGAAACUUCAAAAUAAAGUUCUUUUGUCUCACAGGCAUCUGUUUGAUAGAGGUUUUAACAGGGUUCUGCUCUUAACCUGACGUUGUUGUUUGUGAGGUAUAUUAUAAAGAAUUAGAAAACAUGUAAUCAUGAUUGCAUAAUCCUCAGUUUCAGAUUCCCAUUCCCAGGCACCAGAUGGUGACCAGUCCAUUUUACCUGCAGGAGAAAAACAGAAUUUGAAAACAAAGAAAAAGAAACAAAAAACUGCUCGCAUUGUCCAAUCGAGAUACAUGGCCACUGGACCAAAGGUCACUAAAAAGGUAGCAGUGAAGGAAGUACCUCUACCCCCAAAGAAGAAAGUCAAAGUGCCCUCUGCAACAUCAGCAAAGUCAAGAGACCAGUCAUUUCUCACACACUCCAACAACAGCACACUUGGCCUUAAUGUCAUCACACCCUUUAUCAGACACACAUCUAAUCAAAAAGGCAUAGUCACGUCAACUCCAGCAGAUGGCAUGGCAGGGGUUGACCCUGCUGUUCACGUGGGAGCAUCCACCCCUAUUUUGCCUCAGGGUGUAGCAACAUUUGCAAGACGGCAUGGGGGAAGUGGAGGUACUAAUGCGGUCAAGAAGACUUCAGUUUCUCGUGACAAGCAAAAACAGCAACCUGUUGUGGUCAAGAAAGCUGGGGUUAAGGUGGCAGGCCGGACCUGUAGGAACUUCAGUAGGUGAAGGUGACAUCUCGCAACGUCAGCUUGAACUCCAGUAUUCAAGAGUUGUACAAGCUUCUUUUCUGUACUCAAGGCUGAAACAUUCCUUCGGACAAAAAGAAAAAGACGCACAGAGUCAAAUUUACCAUGUGUGGCAGGAGAAAGAGAAACUUCAACGUGAGGUAGCCGAUCUAGAGUUGCAGCUAAAAAUGAAGAUGAAAAUUGCUGAACUUGAUAAACAAAUAAAGCUUCAGAUGUCAGGGCUAGAGCCCAUUGGGUCUAACAUGGUGAAGUUAAUACUAGAGUACAGCAAGCUAGCCGCUGCUCUGGAUACUACCCGGCAUCACAUGUCAGUCAACGGAGUGCUUCUUCCUGAUAAUCAUGAUCAGCUUUUUGCUGUUCUUGACGAAAGUGAAAGAUUACUCGGCGAAAUUGACGCGCUUUCCAAAGAAAACCAACAGAAGAUCGUAUCCUUCGCCAAAGAGAUGGAGGGGUUGUCCAAAAUAGUAGAUUCUGAAAUUCAAGAACAAAACAGGUGUGGUGAACUGCUGGCUGCCGCGUCAACACUCAACACUCAAGAGCGUAGUCUUCAAGCGCAAUCCAUCACGGCUGGGUUAUAGAAAAUUUUCAUUUGGUUUCGUCUCUUUCUGUGUAUCGAGCGUUUGAAAAUGUCAAGUUAUAGCUCACCGAGCCAAAUAAACAAAGACUAAAGGCU